AUGGCCAGCCAUUCCCCUUACCCACACCCACCUGGGCCUUCUUCCUAUUACCAACCAUCGCCUCCACCCCUUCACGUUUAUGGGAAUCACAGCCCGGGCCCUCAACCCCCUUACUAUCAUUACCCAGGGCCACCACCACCACAUAUGAAUCCACACCCAGCGGGCCAAUACCAACAUCCACCACCACCAACGAGAGGUAGAGGCUCCUAUGGAGGACGAGGAGGGCAUUACCACCACAAUUAUCGUUCUCCACAACCGCAAUCUCCUUAUGGCCACACGCAUCCUUCCGUCAAUGUCCACCCACCACCGCAACAUGGACAGCAUCACCCCUACUCACCUCAGUCUGCCAAGUACAACCAGCCGUAUUCGCCGUCCUACCACUAUCCUUCGCCUACUGCUCCGGUAUUUACGCCUUCAUGGCAGCAGCAACCCAUCUCUCCUCUGCCAAAGCAGCUUUCGAUGCCGCCUCCACAAAAUAUCCCACAGCCAUUCUACGAACCUCCUUCCACCGCGCCGCCACCGCCGCAAGCGAAUACCAGCCCUCAAAGUCCCCCAAAGCCUUCUCUUCGCGAACCAGAACCUGAAAUCGAAGGUCCGGCUGAAGUUUCUGCUUCAUCUACAGCAGCAGCAGCUUCAGAGACUCUAGCUGCGUCAUCACCUACCCCUCAGCCUCAAACUUCGACUUAUGCGCAGAUGGGAACGAUUGCCACAGUUGACGCUGGUCCUUCACCCUCGGACUCUGCUGUGUCGAAAUCUGCCGUCAGUCCUACCGUCCAAUGGGCGAUAUGGUCUCGGCGCCCUCACGAUCCCUCUCACGCACCUGGCAUCAUCAUUUCUCCUAGAGCUCGCCCACCACCCGAUGUUGUUCAUCAGGCGUUAGAUCUCAAAACACCUCCUCCAUCGCCACCCGCAUCUCCUGCCCCUAUCGUAAAGUCAAUACCUAUCGUCAUCGAGGAAACAUCGCCAAAACAAUCGUCGCCAUCUCAGUCGAUAGACGAAAUUGCAUGGUCAUCGCAAUCUACGUCCUCGGUGCCUUCGUCUUCGGUAACAGAGACAACGGACACCCCAACGGUUCCUGGCUCGCCUGCGUCAUCGCACACAUCGAUAUCGGUAACAGUGGUUAAGGAUGCAAAAGAGGUUUCGGCGUCGCCUAUUGAGGCUGACGCUGCGCCUGCUAUUGCGACCACUCCCGUGAUAGUCGCGGAAGAGUCAAUGUCAACCACUCCUGUUGUAACACCCGAGGCUGCACUGGAGGCAGAGGCAGAGCAAGCGACUAAGGAAGAGUCACCAGCACCUGAGAUGGCUGCUGAUGCCGUCGUUCUACCUCCAGCUCCUCUCCCAGCUCCUACCACCGCCGCUCAAGCGUCUCCAACACCAACACCUGCCCCUGCCUCUACUCCCGCUGUGCCAAAAAAGUCCUGGGCCUCUCUUCUUCAAACACCCGCUUCCUCAUCUUCUUCAUCACCCCGGCCCACAAGAAACGCCCUGCCUACCUCGCAAGUUGUUGGAUUCUCCGUCCCGGCAGGGUCUGCCAGCCCAUCGUCGACUGGAACAGGCCCAAACGUGCCUGUAUCACCGUCGAAGAAGAGCGAGUUGGUUACUCUUCUUACGACGGGUGCCCUUACACCUUCAGUCGCAGCGGGUAGUUUUGCAUCGGCUGCUGCUGCGGGUGUAGCACCAGCGCCGCUGAAGAUUAGGCCGAGAGGUCUGGUCAACAGCGGGAAUAUGUGCUUCGCGAACUCGGUUUUGCAAAUUUUGGUUUAUUGCCCACCGUUCCAUCGGUUGUUCUUGGAGCUUGGCAGGUUGCUCGUUGGACCUGUCGUCGGUGCCAAUGGUCCUGUUAAUGGUGCUUCUAAGGACGUUGGCGAUAAGAACACUGCCACGCCCCUCGUUGACGCUACGGCCACCUUCCUGCGCGAGUUCGUAGAGGAGAAGAAACGGGGCAAGGAUCGCGCAAGGCUUGAGGUUGUUGUGAGGAAUGGUGCCUCUGGGAGUGGUGCAGGUCGUGGAAAAGGCAAAGAGAAGGCGAAGGAAGGCGAGGCCAAGCAGGAGGUGGUGCUGGUGCCAGAGGAGGAGGGUGAGGAUGACUGGGAUGGCGACUCGUUCUUGCCGACGUAUGUGUAUGAUGCGAUGAAGGUCAAGAAGCGGUUUGAGCACAUGGGUGGUGGUCAUCAGGAAGAUGCAGAGGAGUUCUUUGGGUUCUACCUCGACUCCCUUGAGGAAGAGCUGUUAUCGAUCCUGAACUCCGUCAACCCCCCUAGGCAACCGAAAAGUUCUUCUGGGCUCUCUGCCGUUGAGGAGAAAGAGGAAGCUCCACCAGCUGAGGAUGAUGGAUGGCUCGAGGUGGGUAAGAGGAACAGGACGGUCGUUACACGGACAAUAAAAGCUACUGAAUCACCUAUAACAAGGAUAUUUGGCGGCAAAUUUAGGUCUACCCUGCGGGCACCCGGCCAAAAAGACUCUGUCAUCGUUGAAGACUGGCGUUCAUUACGACUAGAUAUCCAGCGAGAUCAAAUACACACCAUCCAAGAUGCUCUCUCCUACAUCUCCCAUCCACAACCCGUGCAAGUGACCCAAGCCACGAAGCCUGGCGUUACUAUCGAGGCACACCAGCAGGUGCUUAUCGAAGCGCUACCGCCGAUCUUGGUUCUCCAUAUGAAGAGGUUCUGUUACGAUGCGGCUUCAGGUGCUGUAGUGAAGGUAGGCAAGCAUGUUAGCUUUGGGCCGGAGUUGGAGAUUGGGCCUGACGUUAUGGUCCCUGCCGCUAAGAAGCAACCUACGCGGUAUAAACUCUUUGGAGCCCUCUACCACCACGGCCAAUCUGCCUCUGGUGGCCACUACACUCUGGACGUUUUGCACCCUAAUCGAUACCCGAGCACAAACCCUACUGCCAAACCUCGUGAAGGUUGGGUGCGUAUCGAUGACGAGCUGGUGUCUGACGUCAGACCGGAUGAUGUCUUCAACGCGCCGGAGAGGGAUGACUCGAGAUGUGCUUACUUGCUUUUCUACCGGAGGAUAUGA